AUGGGCGAACUCGAGGCGGAGGAUAAGCUCGGGCCCGGUACGCAGACCCCUCUGGGGAGGGCCCGGAGCUCCGCUUCCCAUCACGGCGGCGCAGGGCGAAGGCGCCGAGCCACGCGCGCCCUCAGCAAACUGGCUCGGCGUCUCCUGCAAACUUUGCGGGGGGCGCGGCGGCGGCGGCGGCGGGAAAGCGCGGAGGCGGAAGACGACGAAGGCGGCUUUAAGCGGCAGCCCGGCUCCGAUCGCGGUCAAGCAGGUGGCGGCAGCAGCAGCAGCAGCAGCAGCGUCCGACUAUGGCUGGGCGCGCUGAGCCCACCUCCUGUGGCCAGUUCCGGGGAUCCGCGCCCGCUCACCCCUGGCGCGCAGGGGCUCAAGAAUCACGGCAACACGUGUUUCCUGAACGCCGUGGUGCAGUGCCUGAGCCACACCGAGCUGCUCGCCGCCUUCCUCCUGUUGGCUUUGCCCGAUCAACCGAGUCUCCCCAGACCUGGAUCGAAAGCCGCCACUGGGGAGGUCACUCAGCACUUGGCGGCGCUUGUACGCGCGCUCUGGACUCUGGAGUACACCCCGCAGCUCUCCGCAGACUUCAAGAAUGUUGUCUCUAAAUAUGGUGCACAGUUUCGUGGAAAUGCACAACAUGAUGCCCUGGAGUUCCUUCUGUGGUUGUUGGACCGCAUGCAUGAAGACCUAGAGGGCUCUGCAUGCCACCUACCGAGUGCCCAAAAACCGCCUGAAGAGAGCUCCAACAGUGGAAGUGCCCAGGCAACUGUUCAGCCUCCCAAGGGCCAAAGCUUUGUGCAGAAUCACUUCCAGGCCCAGUACAGAUCUUCAUUGACUUGCCCUCAUUGCCGGAAACAGAGCAAUACUUUUGAUCCUUUUCUGUGUAUCUCCUUGCCUAUUCCCUUGCGUCAAACCAGGCCUUUGAAUGUCACUCUUGUCUUCCAAUCCAAAAGCCAGCGAUUUGUGCGUGUAGGCCUAGCUGUGCCUCUCUUCAGCACUGUGUCAAAGUUGAGAGAAAUGGUGGCUGAGGAGGGCAAGAUUUCACCUGACCAGGUAAUCCUGGCUGAGCUAAACCAGUCAGGAUUCCAGUGCUCCUUCUCGGAUGAUGAGGAUCUGAACACCAUUGCAGAAGGGGACAACAUUUAUGCUUUCCAGGCCCCACUCUCUUUUAAAAGGGGUAGCUCCUCCCGAAUCUCAGGUUGCCCACAGAGUCUCCCAUCUUCUCCCAAUUCUGCUGAGCCAGAAGGGCAGCGUUUGGUUCAUAAUGGGGCCAUGUCUUCUGAGUUCCUGCACCACGGUGGAGGUGGCAGAAUCCUACUCCUUGUGUGUAAUUUAGCCGGGACAGGGCAACAGGCUGUGAGGUUUGGCCCUCCGCUACUGAUGCGAGAAGAUAGAGCCAUGUCUUGGGAACAGCUGCAGCAAUGUAUCCUAGGCAAAAUGCGCUAUUUGAUGAGAAGAGAGGCCCACGUGCAGGCUAGUGGGAGUCUGUUCCAGGUGCGAGUAGUUGGAGGGUCUUCUCUGUGCAGCUAUCUCUCUCCUCAGGACAGAUGGCCGCUGUAUCAUCCCACUGUGGACAGAGCACUGCAAUUUGGAGGUCCUGGCGGUCCCGUUCACGUGAAGCUGGUAGUCGAAUGGGAUCUGACCACCAAAGAAUGCUUGUUUGGCAACAUCCAGGAAGAAGUUGUUGAAGAUGCAGAAAGUGUGAGACUGAAGCAGCAACUUCAUCAACAGCAGCAUAGCUGCACCCUGAAUGAAUGCUUUCAGCUCUACACUAAGGAGGAGCAGCUGGCUCCAGAUGAUGCCUGGCGCUGUCCCCACUGCCAGGUCCUUCAACAAGGCAUGGUCAAACUCAGCUUGUGGACACUCCCCGAUAUCCUCAUCAUUCACUUGAAACGCUUCCGGCAGGUGGGGGAGCAGCGCCAUAAGCUCUCCACUCUGGUGCACUUUCCCCUGCGAGGGCUUGAUAUGGCUCCCCACGUAGCCAAACGCAGCCGUGGCAGCAAGUGGGGCCCCUGGAAGCAAUCCCUGCCAGAAGAGGGCCAGUGUAAUUUUCUCUAUGAUCUGUACGCCGUCUGCAAUCAUCACGGGAGCCUGCAUGGUGGACAUUAUACAGCCUAUUGUUACAACACCUUGGAUGGUCGCUGGUAUAGCUAUGAUGACAGUACCGUGGAACCGGUCAUGGAAGAGGACAUCAGCACACGUGGUGCCUACAUCCUCUUCUAUCAGAGACGGAAUGUAGUUCCAAGCUGGUCUGGAGGAAGCUCUGUUAGAGGAUCUACCAGCUCUUCCAUUUCAGAACAUUGGCUGACAAGGCUCAGUCGAAGCAGCAAACGAGAGAGCUUGGUGUCCUGGAACUCAACAACCUGUCCAUCUCUGCCAAAAUCAUCUCACUCACCUACACUCAUCAGUGCCAGCACCAGCCAGGAGAAAGGAGGAUUUGAGUCUCGUCCCUUGGUUCGGGGUGUGCAGGGCAGAAGUGUCAGCCUGAAAGCUUCUUCUAAUAAGGCCAAGCUGGGCAUCCCCAGGACCCUACCCUUGCGCUGGUCCUUCACCUCCAAAGAUUGGCCAGCAGAGCCCUCCAGGGAACUCGUAGAUUAUCUGGAAUCUGGCCGCAGACCUUGGUUCACAAAUGAGUCCAUUGUCCCUCUCAUAACUAAGGAAGGGGAAGACGAUGAGCUUACGGUCGCCAAAGCUAAGCCCAAUCCUGCUCUAACAAGCAUGAGUCCAACUAAGACCACUGGCAAAGCAGCUGUUGCCAUGGAAAAUUUAAACACUCUGAAACGGGUAGGGAAGCCAAAGGAAGAAACAGGUGAGCAACCACGGACACCCAAAAAACUGGUGCUAUCUCUCAGCACAGUACCUCCAGUAAAAGAUGAGGAACUUAAGACCAAAGUUAACAUCAAUGGGACUCUCUGCAUGGGUUCAAAUGUGGCCUCUUCCAGCCGGGGAGAUGCAGAACAAAAGACCGGGCCUUGGCUUGGGGAGAAAGAGCCAGAGAUUGAGAAACAAUCAGAGGGGAAGUUGACCCUCUUCAGAGUUGGGUUUUUGCGAAAGGACCCCAAGAGACACAGUGAGUCUCCCAGGCACGCUGUUAUGCCGUCUUCUAUAGCCUCUUCUCAACCGUCCUUCUCCAACGGAACACUAAAUAUUUUCCCUGGCAGCAGGACAAACACCACCCUGAACCCCAGCUCCACAAAGGGGCUGUCCAAUGGGCGGAUCUCCCGUUCUGAAGUGGACAUUAAGCGGGCUCAGAGCUCCUGCAACAGCAAGGGUAGGAAUGACUGGUUACUGAGCAGAUCAACAUCUCUCUGCAAGACAAACAAUGGGUCCUUGCAAGCCUCCAUGCCCCCACUCACUUUAGAGGGCAUUUCCUGUGGCACCUUCCAGCGGGCAAGAUAUCAUACAGCAUCCUUGGGCAGGAGGAUAAUAGUACCAGAAUCCAGCUUCUGAACUGCCUUGCAGCUCUACCUGAAACAGCAGAAUCAUGUCAACCUUUGGUGCUUAUAAAUUCUCAGGCCUUUGAAGAAGAUAUGCCAAUUGCUUGAAAGCUUGGACACUGAUCGCUUGCUAAUGGUUUGUUCAGACAAAAGUUACUAAAUCCAAGUGGUGCUGAUGAACAUGUGUAGCCUGGAUGUACGGAUGCAGCAGGGAUCUUGUAGACCAAGAUAUUAGAAAUGGGGAAAAGAAAAAUGUGGGGGAAGAUGUUAAAUUAUUUAUUCUAUAGUUUAACUGGCAACUUUUGAAAGGAUAUGCUGUUUUGUAACAGCAUUUAUUUUGGUACCAAGGUGUAGAAAGGAUAGAGGAGAAUCUAAACAUUGCUCUAUGCAAUCAUCCCAGUGUUUAUAUUUUCUGCAAAACGUUGGGUUUUACAGAUCUCUUUGUUAUUAAAAAAUGCCUAAAAUGAAGGGUGAGCAUUAAUAGUUUGGGGAAUCAGUGAAGCAAAUGGGCAAGCUAAUUCAGGAGUUGUCUGUUCUCUGGGAGAUGUGGGAUAAAUUUGUUCUUGUUGUAUGUGUUGACUGAAAAUGAACGUUGGGGCACCAUCAUGGUCUCCUCCAGUGUUUAAAAAUAUUCACAGAAAAAAAAUGUUGCAUAACACUUCAUUUUCUUCUACCUGUUGGUGGUAAUCAAAGCUAACCUCUUUGCAGUCUAGCUUACCUACCUCAAAUUUUCUGGUAGUCAUCCAUCCAAAUGCCAGCCAAGUCUGAUCCAGCUUAGCUUUUUGAUGACAGCGAAGGUUGGAUAGUCCUGCCACCUUCUGUGACCAAUUGCAUAUUACUAGAGUUUUCUUCACAGGAAACACAAAUGGUGCUGUUUUCCCAUUGUUGUUAAUAGAUUAAAUAUGAAACGCUAAGGAGAUAGAGGAGGGUCCAAACAAAAGCCAUGUGUCAUUUAUAGAAUGGCUCAUACUGUUGACAUCAGGAACAAAAGUCCAGCUGGAAAUUCGAGAGACAUACUUGAAGAUGUAGAACAGAAAAUUUGGGGAUGAUUAAUGUAAGAGUGAGAAAGCAAACUGUUUUACUUAGCACACUUUAUUCAUAUUUAGAAAGAUGACAGUAUAUAGAAGAAGAACAUGAGAAGGGCAGAAAGCAAAGGAAGAAAAAGUCUGAUUAGCUAAAAAGAGUAGCAGAUGACUAUUAUAGAAGUUCAAGGCAUAGAAGAAAAUGUGUAAUGGAACAUAGCAAAGUCUAUAGUAUUUUUAAGGAGAAUGAGGAUAAAGUUAUUUGGAUCUGGCAUUGUGUAGAUCAUCUGUGAUUUAGAAGAGUGCAAUUAUAGUGGAGUGCAAAGGGUGGGAAAUAGAUUAAAAGGGAAAAAAAGAAGGGAGCCUAAGUAACUAUUGAAGCACAAGAAAACCACAAAACAGCCAUUGUAUUAGGAUUCUGAUUAUUCCCGAAAGCAUUUUGGUUAAUUUGUGUCAUUUCAUUAUGUAAUUUAUGAAGGUAUGCGACUCACUCAAGGAAAGAAGCUCUUGAUUGGCAUUUUAUAUUACAGAUCUCUUCAUAAAAGAAUCCAUUAAAACACAUACGGGAAUAAAUACAGCUUCACAAACCAA